UUAAUUUUGGCCGAUAUCGUCUUCAUUUUUCACAUUCCGCCUCCGCUUCAUUAUUUUCUGAAACCCUAACCUCAGCCGUGUUUUUUUGUCUCCACCGCCGUCGAUUUUCACAGCCCUCGAACUACUUCGUCCUCCCUUAACUCAGCUGGAUUUGAAGAUCACUAGGAAUUGAUUUAUUCUCUAUCGAAGAGCUAGCGUUUGGAGUGUUGCGAUGCAUCUGCGUUUUGAAGGGGAUUGAAAUAGCGUUUGUAAAUGCGAUAGUACUCGGGAAGGAAUAAUAAUUCAAUAGGAGAUCUUAUUGCAAUUCGAUUGCUUUCGAUGACAAUGAAACGAUGGUAUGUUUCCUCUAUGUGUGCUUAUUUCUUAUGAACUGUUCUUAGGAUUUUUUACACUGAAGUUCCAAACUAAGUUAGUAAACGCUGUGGUGAAAGUUUGAGCAAUGAGUGAUUAGGUCUAUGAAUUGUCCUUAUGGUUUUUUACACUGUAAGCUCCAAACUAAGUUAGUGUUAUUUCGUUUAUUGAGUUUUGGGGCUUUUUGUUUCACAGCAAAAGUUGUGGUCAGAGUUUGAGCAAUGAGGAUAGGAUCAGUCAGUUACCUGAAGCUUUGCUUCUGCAGAUAUUAUCUUUACUUCCAACAAAAGAAGUGGUCGCAGUGAGUGUUUUGGCUAAACGAUGGAGGUUUCUUUGGAAGAUGGUGCCGAGUCUUGAGUUUUUUUUACUAUUUCACAAAUGAUCUUGAGAGGUUUUCAUAUAAUGUCAGCAAGUGUUUGUUUUCACAUCAAGCUCCGUUUCUACAGAGUUUGCAUCUCAAUAUGAACUUUGGGUGUGACCCUCGUAUAAUGGAUUUUGAGAUAUUGAUUGGAAUUGCGUUUGGACGCCAACUGCGUAAGUUGGUACUCAAAGUUUACUCUGGGGAUUGGUUCAAAUUUCCUACAAGUUUGUAUAACUCCGAAACUCUAGAGACCUUGGAACUCUACCAUUGCAUUCUUAUAGAUGUCCCUUUUCCGGUUUGUCUCAAGUCCCUUAGAACUCUAAACCUUCACGAAGUGGAGUUUGUAAACGAUGAAUCAGUUGUUAACCUUUUAGCUGGUUGUAUUAGCCUGGAAAAUUUGGUGAUUCAUCAAACUACAGAUCUUAAUGUGAAGACUUUUACUAUUGCGGUACCAUCCUUGCAGAGGUUAACAGUUAUUGUUGAGUAUUAUGAAGAGUUUUCUGUCUUUGUGGUAAAUACUCCAUCUUUGAAAUACUUGAAGAUUGAAGGUAUUAUUGUAGAUGAUAGGACUUGUAUAAUUGAGAAUACACCUGAGCUGGUGGAGGCAAGUAUUAUUGAUGUGUCUUUUAAAGUCUUUGAGAGCAUUCUUGGAUCCCUUGCUUCAGUCCAACGUCUUUCCUUGAAGGUUUCACUCGUGGAGAUUUUUUCACUUCCUCCUAUCAGUAAUACCUUUUAUCACUUGACAUAUUUGGAGCUAUCCACAUAUAAACCUAAGUGGUGGAAUCUGCUUACGCUCAUGCUCGACACUUCUCCUAAUUUACAAGUCCUCAAGAUCUUCGAUUUCAUGACAUCUCAGGAACAGAGGCCUUGGGAGAAAUGGAAUGAACCGAAGAAUGUUCCUGAAUGUUUGUUGCUCCACCUCGAAACAUUUGUGUGGACAUGUUAUGAAGGGAAACUAGAAAAUGAGAUAGAGCUGGCGAAAUAUAUCCUAAGGAACGCUAGGCGUUUGAAAAAGGCAACUUUCUCCAUAAUUGAAAUUAAUCCGGACAAGAGAGUUGAGAUGGUUGGUGAGCUCAAAAGCGUGGUCAGGGCUUCAAAUUCAUGUCAGCUUGUGUUCAUAUGAAACUUAUAUGUUUGUGAGAAUCUUUUGUUAUCUUUAGUGUUCUGUUAUUUUAACUGAUUAGGAAAGACCAGUCAAAUUUUCCGACUUAGUUGAGAGUUUAAUGUUUGUAACCAAAUUUUAAGCUAAGGCGUUUUUUUGUGAAGAGAUUGUUGUUUGGAUUUUGAAUAAUUUUCCGGUACAUUAAAACCGAAAUUAAGCAAAAUCGAAAUUGAG